GGCUGCUUUCACAAUUCAAAAUGGCGUCCUGCAUACACGUGUUAAAAACUUAAAAUUUUCCUUUAUUAUUUUUUUUUUUUGCCAAAAAUGCUGAAAUCCAAGACCUUUGUGAAGAAGACCAAGAAGGGAGGAAUCUUGAAGGUCGUUCGGGAGCAUUAUUUGCGUGAUGACGUGUGGUGCGGUGCGAAUGGAUGUUCUAUUUGUGGGCAGAGCGAAGCAAGCGUGCUAGAUCCCUUGCCUCAAAGCCUUUCGUCCUCGUGUGAUUUCCCACACUAUCUUAUUCCGGACACUAACGUACUGCUGCAUCAGAUAGAUGUAAUCGAAGACCCAGUCUUCAAGAACGUUAUAUUGCUGCAGACCGUCCUGGAAGAGGUUAAACAUUUGAAUUUUGGGGUAUACAAACGAGCAAGAAGUAUUAUCUCAGAUCCAGAAAGAAAAUUCUAUGUAUUUUCAAAUGAGCAUCAUAGAAGUACAUACAUAGAGAGGAAAAAAGAUGAGAGUUCUAAUGACAGGAAUGACAGAGCGAUACGGACAGCUGCAAGCUGGUAUGGAGACCACUUGCAGGAGUGUGAAGGAGGGAAAGAUGUGGAGACAUGUGUACAGGUUGUACUUCUCACUAAUGACAGAGCAAACAGAGAGAAAGCUCAUGCUGAUGGGAUUGUUACAUAUACAAUUCAGCAGUAUGUGGAGAGCCUUGAUGGGUGUGCGGAUCUUGUUGAUCGCUUGGCAAACUUACAACACAGUAAACAAAAACAGGCAAUUGAUGGGAGAGGAAAGCAAUGUCUAUUUCCUGAGCACAUCCCACUUGUAAAAAUUCACUCUGGCAUCAAAUCAGGGAAAUACAAACAGGGAACCUUCCACGGUAGUAGAGAAAAUUACUUAGAGGCAACUGUGUAUUUAAAAGACGGUGGAGAUGAGGUGUUCAUUCAAGGAUUGAUAAACCUCAAUCGAGCUGUAAAUGAAGAUCUAGUUGCAGUAGAGCUGCUCUCUCAGGAAGAAUGGACGGCACCAUCUGAACUAGUACUAGAUGAUGCCGACCAUAGUGAGAGUGAAGAAGAAAUAACAAGCAAGAAAACACAGAUUUUGGAUAACAAUAAAAAUAAAUUAAAGAAAACUGGAAAGGUUGUUGGAAUAAUCAAGAGGAAUUGGAGACCAUACUGUGGCGUACUGUCUUCAUCAGGAAAUCUGCAGAGCACUCGACAACUGUUUGUGCCUGCUGAGAAGUGUGUUCCUAGAAUCCGCAUAGAAACCAGACAAGCUGAGACCCUUAGGAGUCAACGUAUAGUCGUCAGUAUUGAUUCAUGGCCAAGAAGCUCAAGGUACCCUGUGGGUCAUUUUGUGCGUAAGUUGGGUGAGAUAGGGGACAAAGCAACCGAGAAUGAGUUACUUCUGCUGGAACAUGAUGUGCCCCAUCUUGCAUUUUCUGCCUCUGUGCAGAAAGAUCUUCCUGUCAUGCCUUGGGCAAUAGCAGAAGAGGAAGUAAGUCGCCGCCUGGACCUGCGAGAUCUGUCCAUAUGUAGUGUAGACCCACCAGGGUGUACUGACAUUGAUGACGCAUUACACUGGAUGAAACUGGAUAAUGGGAAUUAUGAGGUUGGUGUCCAUAUUGCCGAUGUUACACAUUUUAUUCAGCCCGGGACAGCACUGGAUGAGGAAGCUGCUAAUAGGGGCACAACUGUCUAUCUAACUGACCAGCGUAUUGACAUGGUUCCUGAGUUGCUGAGUUCAAACUUGUGCUCGUUACGCUCCAACGUGGACAGGUAUGCAUUUUCCUCAAUUUGGGAAAUGACACCUGAUGCAGACGUCAUCUCUACAAAGUUCACUAAAAGCAUCAUCCGGUCAAAGGCCUCUCUGACGUACGCUGAAGCACAACUUCGCAUCGACGACUUAUCUCUAAAUGAUGAUGUCACAGUUUCUUUGAGGAACUUGAAUAAACUCGCAAAAAUAUUAAAACAGCGCCGGAUUGAUAAUGGGGCGCUGACACUCGCCUCAUCCGAAGUGCGAUUCUUCAUUGACAAUGAGACGCACGACCCCAUUGAUGUAGAGACAAAACAACUUCGGGACACUAACUCUCUUGUGGAAGAGUUCAUGUUGCUGGCAAACAUCUCCGUAGCGAAGCACAUCCAUCAGCGAUUCCCUGAGUUUGCAGUCCUGCGUAGGCACCCCUCCCCACCUCCGUCCAACUACGACAUACUUGUCAAGGCUGCACGCUCUAAGGGAGUCGAGAUCAAAGUGGAUUCGGCCAAAGCGCUUGCCGUCUCUCUUGACAAAGCACACCUACCUGGCGAGCCUUACUUCAACACGAUGCUGCGUAUCCUAGCAACCCGGUGCAUGAUGCAAGCAGUCUACUUCUGCUCGGGCAUGCUCCCUAAGGACGAGUACCGCCAUUAUGGGCUGGCGACCCCCAUAUACACACACUUUACCUCACCAAUCAGACGGUAUUCUGAUAUACUUGUCCACCGUCUUCUUGCUGUCUCCAUCGGCGCCAUGAACUCGUACCCAGACCUCCUUAACAAAGAUAAGGUCCAGAAACAAUGCAACCAUCUGAACCACAGGCACAAAAUGGCGCAGUAUGCUGGAAGGGCAUCAGUCGACCUUCACACUCAGUUAUUCUUUAAAAAGCGCCCCUCCACAGAGGAUGGCUUCGUGUUGUUUGUGCGCAAGAAUGCGCUCCAGGUGCUGGUACCAAAGUUUGGGCUGCAGGGAACAGUAUACAUGAACCAACUUGGUGUCGACGAGCAACUCCUGGCGUUUAACGAGGAGGAGCCGUCCUUAGCUGUUGGCGAUGUCAAGUUUAAGAUGUUUGAUAAAGUUACGCUGCAGAUUUCAGUUGAGCAAAACGCGACACAAAAUUCCUUCGUCAAGUUCAUGCUCACCUCUCCCCAGAUAUUAGCUACCAAUCAAAUGGAGCCAAGCCCAAAGAAGAAGAAGCUGAAAUGAGUUGCUCUCUCCUGAUGCGCGGAAUGCAGUCAGCGGAUGGUAUUUACAAUGGUAUUUACCAUCCUUUGCUCUUUUGAUGCGAGUUAGUGAUUGGCCAACCUCCUUACCAUGGAAGCUAAAAUAACAACAACAACAACUCAAAGCAAUGAGCAUACAAUUCUGGACGGAAGACUUGAGCCAAA